ACCAGACGCGGUGGCGUACGACGGACGGAAGGGGAAGCUCUCUUCACAAGGUCUUCAACUGCAAUCAAUUUUCCGCAUCAGGGGCGCAUGGUCGAUUGAAACGUGACCUUUCGUGACUGUCAAGCUGUUAAACUGUCACUGCCGAGACUGAGUCUUCAGAAGGACAAUACAUUCUACCACCACGAACUUGAUCUCUCCCCGCGCAAGUUAUUGAGAACCUUGACGACUGCACAAUCAACCAGCCCUUGAGCUCCCUGCGACAACUCCCACCAUGCCCCUCGGCAUUCAGCGCAUCAACGCCAAAAAGUCGCAUCCCAAUGACCGAAUAAUAUUCAUCAAGCCCCUCAAAGGGCCGGACGAAGCCAUAGCGCAAGACUUCCUAGAGAGGAUAGCAGCGCAAUGCCUCCCCAUAAUGAAAGCCAACCAUCUCUCCAUCACCUCCCUAGAAGAGUAUGAACCCAACCGCGAGUUCGUCGGCCGCAACUUCAACGCCGGCGAAGUUAUUCAGCUCGUCCUCAAGUCCCUUUCGGGCCACUGGCUGCCCUUCAACUACGUGCAAAUGGUCAUGAUGCACGAGCUCGCUCACUGCAAGCAGAUGAAUCAUUCGCGCGCCUUCUGGGCCGUGCGCAACAACUACGCCGACGAGAUGCGCCUGCUUUGGGGUAGGGGUUACACGGGCGAAGGAUUGUGGGGCAGGGGAGCGCUGCUUUCCACGGGCGAGUGGGAGAGGAACACCGUGCAACCCAGUGAAGGGCUGCCGGAGCACUUGUGUGGUGGAACGUAUAGGAGUCGGGGGAGGAAGAGGAAGGCGAAGGCUUCUAAGCCGAAGUUGAGUUACAAGGAGCAGAAGGAACGGAGGAUACUGAAGAAGUUUGGCGCAAAUGGGGUUAAAUUGGGGGAGGAUGAGAAGGUCAAGAAGGAGUUGGAGGGCGGGAAGAAAGUGGUGGCAAAGCCGAGGGUGGCGGGCAGUGCGAGGGGCAGGGAGUUGAGGGCUGCGGCAGCAUUGGCGAGGUUUGAGGGGCUCAAGAAGGAGAAGGAGGAAGAGGAGAAGGUGAAGCAGGAGGAGUUUGAUGAGGAUGAGACGGGCAGUGGAACGGAGAGUGAGGAGUAUGAAGAUGAAGAUGAUCAGGAUGGUGUGGCUGCUGUGGAUAUUAACGGGAAGAAGUUGCUGGAUGGCAAGGGUAGGGGAAUGAUCAAGGUCUGUGAGGAUGAGAAUCCCGAGGAUCAGGAUGCUCAGAGGGAGUUGAGAGAGUUGAUGGGUUUCAAUGAUGGCGCAAGGAAUUCAACACCCCGGCAGCCUGUUAUCAAGGCCGAACCAUCGCCAACGGAUACCGGGAUACCGAAGAAUAUUAUCCAAGCUCCAGUUAUAUCCCAAAAGAACAGAAAAGAGAAUUUAGGGGAAGAUGCAAGACGGAAGGUCUCACAGAUCCGAUCCACCGUUCAAACUAUGAACAAGAACCACCAUGCCUCCACGACAACAGAGAAACCUCCAGGGGUAAAACCCGACCCAAGUCGCCCACCGCAAAAGAAGGAAAACAUAUCCCCCUCAUCAAUCCCAAAGUCUACCCCCGAAGCCGAACCAAAACCUCCAUCUUCGAGAACCUGUCCGAUAUGCUCAUUCGCCAACGAGCCCACUUGCAUUACCUGCACAAUGUGCGCCAACGUCCUUGACCCAAAGAACGUGGUUGGAUCCUGGGCAUGUACCAGUCAGACAUGUCAGGGGAGCCAGUAUCGCAAUGCUGGGGACUGUGGUGUUUGUGGUGUGUGUGGCGAGCGGAAGCGAGGAGGAACAGGAUGA